ACUGGUUCUUGCAACUUUCAUUCCGUGAGACAUCAAUCUAUCAAGAUGUCGACGGGGAAUGGCGAAGUCCAUAGCAUUUUGGCAUCCGAUGCCGAGCAAGGAGUACCCCCCGAAGUGCAGAGCACAGACCCCGCACCCAGCAAUCUGAAAUCCAUCGGUUCGGCGGCAUCUCCACGUAGGGAAGUAGAUGGCGCCGACACUGCGACAACGGUGCUUCCUUUCUCCAAAGCACGGUGCAUUGCUUUGGUUGUGACCGUUACUGGUGCUAGUUUUUUAAAUACUCUUACCGUACAGGCAGUUGUUAUCAUCCUACCCACUAUAGGUGACGAACUCGGCAUUCCUGAGAGUCGACUUCAGUGGGUCGUAUCAGCGUACUCUCUCACAUUCGGUUGCUUUCUAUUGCUCUGGGGCCGUAUGGCCGAUAUCUUCGGGAAAAGACUCAUCUUUAUCCUUGGGAGUGCCUUCGCUGCGGCUACACUCAUCAUCAAUCCCUUUCUAACAAAUGAAAUCGCGUUUGAUCUGUUCAGAGGUUUGCAAGGAAUCGGUGGAGCUGCCAAUGUGCCUACUGCUAUCGGAAUUCUUGGUGUGACGUUUCCUCCCGGAAAGGCAAAAAACUUUGCUUUUAGCACUUACGCCGCCGGCGCUCCACUGGGCUCAGUCUUUGGCAAUUUGCUUGGGGGCCUGAUUGCGUCGUAUGCUAAUUGGAAAUGGGUCUUCGGAGCCAAUGCAAUCCUGGCCGUCGCGGUUACAGCCGCAGGUGUUUUCCUUAUACCGCCUCCCCCGCCCGAGACCACCGCCAACAAGCACAACAAGUCCCUAGCCAAAUCGGUCGACUGGUUCGGCGGCAUAUUGAUCACGCUCGGAAUUUUGGCAUUGCUUUUCGCCCUGACGGAGGGCAAUGUUGUCGGAUGGAAGACUGUAUGGGUGUAUCUGCUCAUUAUCAUCGGACUUCUUUUGAUCGGCAUCUUUGCUGCUUGGCAAUGGUAUCAAGAAAAAUAUACUACCCGUCCACCUUUGAUGAAGGUCUCACUCUUCAGUAACAUGGAAUUCAGUGUGGCGAUGGUACUUAUGGCGUUGUUCUUUUCAGCCUUUAACGACUUCCUGAUCUACGCAACUUACUUCUUCCAAGACUAUCAAGAUCUGGGACCUCUUCAGACCACACUGCGCUUCAUCCCGACCGGCGUUUCAGGCAUCAUAGUUGCUUUCAUAAUGUCUCACCUUAUAUCCAGGUUCCCCACGUACCUUUUCAUUCUUUUCGGACAUCUUGCGGUGGCGGUAUCGUGCUUAUUAUUCGCGGCGCCUAUACCACCUCAAACCUCCUACUUUGCCUAUUCAUUCUUUGCCAUGAUUCUCUCCGUCAUCGGCGCCGAUAUGAUAUGGCCUUCUUUGACACUAUUUGUUUCCAAGUCCGUGCCAAACGAAGACCAAGCGCUAGGCGGCGCUCUGAUCAAUGCUUGUGGUCAGAUAGGCCGAGCCAUAGGCUUGGCCAUCACAACAGCCAUUCAGACUGCUGUCAUGGCACGCGAAAGAGGCUUAUCGGUGGAAAAAUCUGGUGGCAUCGAGCCAUGGGAUCCUCCUUCUCUUGUCGGCUUGAGAGCUGCAAACUGGUUCAACUUUGCACUAGCUGUGCUCGGUGCAGUGAUCGUGGGUCUCACGUUUCGUGGGACUGGCAUCGUUGGUAAGAUUGAGAAGGAUCCAGCACGCUCUAGUGGUGAGGAAGGAAUCAUAACUGAAGAAAGCACUGGGAAAGCCUAAACAUAACUCGGUAAGGUAACGAACACUAGGUAAAUACAUAAGAGGUAAAUCCAUAGGUUGCAAAUAUAAUUCUCGUUAUCAUA